AAUUUUAGGCUGGUUUUUGUCUAGGUUUUUAUCCCGUUUUCUGGUAAAGAUGGCAGCCAACAAUGCAGUGCUGAACAGACUGGAGCAGAAGGGUGCAGAGGCCGAUCAAGUUAUUGAGUACCUCAAGCAACAAGUUGCCCUGCUCAAGGAAAAAGCCAUCUUGCAAGCAUCUCUCCGAGAAGAGAAGAAGCUCCGUGUAGAAAAUGCUAAACUGAAGAAAGAAAUUGAAGGGCUGAAACAGGAGCUGAUUCAGGCUGAAAUUCAAAAUGGAGUAAAGCAGGUUGCAGUUCCUCCUGGUACAGCCCUUCCAACAGCUUCAUUUUCAGAAGGUGUUCCACAACCUACGGCAGUUACAGCAUCUUCUGGUUCCAAAGAUCAAAUUAAAGGUGAAGGUGAAGAAAAGAAAAAGAAGGAAAAAGUAGAAAAAAAAGGUGAAAAGAAGGAGAAGAAACAGCAGCCAGCUGCUGGAAGUAGUGAUGCAAAACCUGUAGAUGUUUCUCGUCUGGAUCUUCGUGUUGGCUGCAUUAUUACUGCUGAAAAGCAUCCAGAUGCAGACACUCUGUAUGUUGAACAAGUGGAUGUUGGUGAAGCAAGCCCAAGGACUGUUGUCAGUGGUUUAGUGAAACAUGUUCCUCUGGACAAGAUGCAGAAUCGGAUGGCAAUACUACUCUGUAACUUGAAACCUGCGAAGAUGAGAGGAGUAGUAUCUCAAGCAAUGGUGAUGUGUGCCAGCUCCCCAGAAAAAGUGGAAAUUCUGGCUCCUCCACCUGGAGCAGUACCUGGGGACAGAAUCACUUUUGAAGGUUUUCCUGGAGAUCCUGAGAAGGAACUUAAUCCAAAGAAGAAGAUUUGGGAGCAAAUCCAGCCUGAUCUUCAUACCAAUGACCAGUGUGUUGCUACAUACAAAGGAGUUCCAUUUGAAGUGAAAGGGAAAGGAGUGUGCAGGGCAGAGACCAUGGCAAACAGCGGAAUUAAAUAAAUAAAUGGUUAUUAGAAACUUUUACAGUUUUUGAAAUGGAAAAUGAUGCAAGCACAAUAAAAAACACGAAAUGCAUGGCUAA